ACCUCACUCAGUUUAUUUAUCAGAGCGUCAGAGGACACUUUCAUACCAACAUCACUGCGUGCAAAAACUCAUCCAUCCAAACAACUGGUGUUCAGUGCAGUGCAGCGCUGAUUGCAGAUUGAGUGAUGGGUGGUGGAGCACAUCAGGAUGCACAGCUGGCAGCGGGAGAGCACAGCACGUUGAAACAGUAUACCUGGGAGGAGGUGCAGAAACACAAUCACAAAGGUGAUCAGUGGGUAGUGAUUGAGAGGAAAGUGUACAAUGUAAGCAACUGGGUCAAGAGGCACCCCGGAGGAUGCAGAGUACUGGGACAUUACGCUGGAGAAGAUGCAACGGAGGCGUUCACAGCCUUUCAUCCUGAUCAGCGCUAUGUGAAGAAGUUUUUAAGGCCGCUGCUGGUUGGAGAAUUAGCAACUUCUGAGCCCAGCCAGGACCAGAACAAAAAUGCUGCCUUAGUGGAAGACUUCCGUGCUAUGCGUAAGCAGUUAGAAGAACAGGGCUUGUUCCGCACAAAUCCCUUGUUUUUCAUCCUGCAUCUCGGCCACAUUCUGCUCCUCGAGGCCUUGUCUUUGGCAUUGCUGUGGAACUUUGGCAAUGGCUGGAUUAUUACAAUUCUAUGUUGUGUUAUUCUGGCCACAGCACAGUCUCAGGCUGGCUGGCUGCAGCAUGACUUUGGGCACCUGUCAGUCUUCAAAAAUUCCACCUUGGAUCACCUGGUGCACAAAUUUGUCAUUGGACAUCUUAAGGGUGCCUCUGCAAACUGGUGGAACCAUCGACACUUUCAGCAUCAUGCUAAGCCCAAUGUGGUACGCAAAGACCCUGACAUCAACAUGCUUAAACUACUGGUACUGGGGAAUGUACAACCUGUGGAGUAUGGGGUUAAAAAGUUGAAGCACAUGCCCUACAACCAUCAGCACAAGUACUUCUUUUUAGUCGGGCCCCCACUGCUCAUCCCAGUGUACUUUAACAUACACAUUUUGCAGACUAUGUACCUGCAACGAGAUUGGGUGGAUUUUGCAUGGUAUCUCUCCUACUAUGCACGGUACCUCUCUUGUUAUGUUCCUUUUUUUGGAUUUCUGGGAUCGAUGGUGCUUAUCACUGUUGUAAGGUUUCUAGAGAGUCACUGGUUCGUGUGGGUGACCCAGAUGAAUCACAUUCCUAUGGACAUUGACCAUGAUAAACAGGAUGACUGGCUUAGCAUGCAGUUGAGAGCCACCUGUAACGUUGAGCAGUCAGCCUUCAACGACUGGUUCAGUGGUCACCUUAAUUUCCAGAUUGAGCACCACCUGUUUCCCACAAUGCCUCGUCAUAACUACGUCCAUGCAGCUCCUCACGUGCGAAAGCUCUGUGAGAAAUAUGGAGUUCAAUACCAGGUCAAAGGCCUGUGGGAGGCAUGGAGUGACAUUGUCAGGUCUUUGAAGAAGUCUGGUGAGCUUUGGCUGGAUGCUUACCUGCACAAAUAAUCCUCAGUUAAAGCCUUUGUCUUUCACUGAUUGUUCAUUUAAUUAUUUCUACAAUUUAAUCACUACUGAACAAUCUUGGCAUAGAAAAAAAAAACCUUUUUACUUACUCCAGUUCUUGUACUUGUCGUGAGUAGACUUAUGUGCUGUAACUGACAUGCUCUUACGGGACUUUAGUUAUAAUUGUACUAUGACCACAAAAGCUCUUGUUGAUGACGAUUUGUAGCUCAUCCUGAUGCAGGUCAUAUCAGGCACAAAUACAUAAAAUUAGACCUUUGCACUUAAAAACUGCACAAACGUUACAGAUGUAACUGUAUGAAGAUGCUGUAUUUUUAAUAAAUUUUUUAAAUGAUGCAUUUUUAUUUCUUACAUUCUUCUUAAUAACAGGUUAAUCGAAGUAGAAAGCACUUGCAAUGUUUGAAUUGUUGAGAAUGUUGAGAAUUACUGACUAAAUAUCAGGAUUCCAUUUAGUUUUCUUUCCUUCCUCAAAAAUAAAUUGGUGUCUCUUUGAAAAGA